CAAGAAUACUAUUUUUGUUAACGCAUGCGAUAUCGUAUGCGAUAUCUAGGGUCCUCAUUUCAAGAAUAGCGUCCCUGGUUCUAGUCUUCUUGGUAUGAUAAAAGCCGAGGAAUUCCGAAUUUUUCGGAGUGGGACAGUGGAACUGUGGGACAAUUUGAAGUUCUAGCGAGUUUCAAUGACAGCGUCGUAGUGUGCACUGAAAUUUUAGGUUAUGUUUGUACCUGACACGGAACUUAUACUAUAUUAUGUUAUUAUGUUGAAAUCAAGAAAAGCGAAAAUGAUGUGAUAAUGAUGUCAUAGGUGAGACAUAUGGAUGCUUUAUGUGUCUGGAUGAUUGACAUAUUAUGUGGUAAUCCUCGAUAUGUGAUGAUUCGCUAACAAUUUCUCUCUGUUCGAGGCUUUAUAAUAAGGCGAAUCUUUUUUACUUCGGGAAUAUGACACGCUCACAUGUUAAAUACCAAAUUGCUAGAGAUAAUGUCGAUACAUCCGAGUACUUACCACAAAAUAUUCCAGAUUUCCAAAACGUGACGAAGACAGAGCUCACAUUUUGGAGGAAAGCGUUCCAUGUAUUUUUAUUGAUAUCUGCUUACUUUAUUUUAUCAAUAGGCCUUACAUUUUAUAAUCCAUGGCUUUAUAAUGCAUAUGGUUUUAAUUUUCCACUUGGUGUAGUCGUUUGUCAUUUGAUUAUAAAGUUUGCACUAUCCGCAUUAAUAAGAGCCAUUAGAAGAUGUUACAAUAGUAAACGAAUAAAUCUUCCAUGGCAGAAUAUAAUUUACUCAAUAAUGGUACCUGGCAUAGCUAGUGGUGUUGAUAUUGGUUUAUCAAAUUGGGCACUUUCAUUGAUAUCGAUAUCUUUAGUCACAAUGACUAAGUCAACUACUAUUAUAUUUAUUCUUGGGUUUUCUCUUAUGUUCAAAUUAGAGAAAAAGUCAUGGUCUUUAGUAGGGAUAGUGGCGAUGAUAGCAGGAGGAUUAGCGAUGUUCACUUAUAAAUCUACUCAAUUUGGCAUUCUUGGAUUUAUAUUGUGUCUCUUAGCAUCAUUUGCGAGUGGUAUUCGAUGGACUAUGACACAACUCAUUAUGCAAAGAUCGAAACUCGGCCUCCAUGAUCCGAUAGACAUGAUGUAUUACAUGCAGCCUUGGAUGCUAUUACCAGCAAUAUCAGUGACUUUAUGGUUUGAAGGUGGCAAAAUAUACGAUAGUAUUAGAAUCACCGAUUGGGGCAAUAUCAGUAAUAUUUUAUUAACUACAGCUGCUGUAGUAACAGGUGCCAUUUUAGCAUUUAGUAUGGAAGUGAUGGAAUUCUUAGUUGUUACUUACACCUCUAGUCUGACAUUGUCGAUCUCGGGAAUAUGUAAGGAAAUAUGUACAUUGGCACUGGCCUUUGUGUUGAAAGGUGACCAACUGACUGGCCUUAACUUUGUAGGAUUGUUAAUGUGCCUUGGUGGUAUAAUACUUCAUGUUGUUCAGAAAGUAUUACUUAACAGAAAGAAAACAGUUGAUAAUAUGGAAUUGCAAUCGAAAGUGGCAAGCAACAAUGCUAAACGCGAAGAGGAAACUGAUUCGAACGUGCCAUUAUUGACGGAAAAAUCGACUUCUUUAAUGAAUCUUCUCAAUGCUGAAUUCAGUUCGGAUGAAGAUGGUGAUGUGAGAGAAAGUGAUAACUCGACUCAAAUACUGUCAGAUAUUUUGCAACGCAGAGAACAGUGAUAUAUCAUAAAUUUUUAAAUCUGAUAAGGAAUUAUUCUUUAUUAAAAAGUCGAUUGUAUAUUUAUGACUUACAGCAUUUCAGAUUUUUCCAGUGUAAAUUUUACAGUCAGUAAUGAAGUUAUCGAUAUCAUAAAGAAUGAUCCCAAAAAACAUCUAUUUUUAGCCUAUGUAUUUUGUGGCCCUUAAAUUUCGAAUCGAACAGUAUGCCAAAUGAUACUAUAUGAAAGGACAUCAUCUAAAAAAAAAUUAGAAAAUUUGUAUGUAUGUCUGCUUGCAUGCGAUACUGAUGUAGUGUGUAUGAUAUAUACCAAUAAUAUGUAAAUCGUAUGUGUAAAUCUUGUUGAGUCGAUAAAACAAGCAACUUUAAGAUCCCCUUAAAAAUUUAAACAGGGCUGGGAGAAGUAAGAAAACCAUUCUAAUUCUGAUCAAAAUUCUACUGUUACCAGGGAAGUAUUAAUUAUCUUUUUGUGUUUUAGUCUAUAUUGCUUGAACAAUAUUGAAAAUAUUAGAAAUUUGACUAUUUUGACUUCUCGUAUCUUCAAAAGUACUUUUAUGCUCAACUUAAAUUUUUUCUAAGAUUAAUGUCCCGUCAUAUAGCAUCAUAUAGCAUACAGUCCGAUUCGAAAUUCGAGGGCUAUAAAAUGGGCUAGAUUUGGAGUCAUUCUUUUACAUUACAUGUUAAUUAAAUUUGAUACACCAGAAAUGUUUUGAAAUAAGUAGCGUUAAAAGUAAACACAUUUCAGGAUUUAAUUAAAAAUAUAAUAUAUAUUUGCUGUGAAACGAUAAAUGCAAGAUUUCCCGAUAUACUUCUAUAUACUAUCAUGUAAGAAGAUACAAAUAUCUAAAAAAAUUGCGAAGUACAAAAAUGAAAA